AUGUGGCGCAUCCUGCGGGUGUCGGAGGCCUUCCUCACCUUCACCAAGGCAGACCUCUCCGAGGACUUCCCUCUCGCCUUGCUGAUGGAGGACGACGUGUUGCGCCCAGCACUCGCGAUCUCGGACAUCGCCAGCGGUGCGCCGGACCAAAGGCAGAGGUGGCUGCCGCUGCGGGCGCUGGCGAUUAGGUGCAUGGCGCUGCACGCCUCGCUGAGCGCCGCCAGCGCAGCCGCGCACUGCCGCUUCUUCUCCUCGGUGCUGCGGCGCUGCGUGCCGGAGCUCCUGGCCGGUUCCGCCGAGCCCCAGGCGGCCGAGGCGGCCGAGGCCAUCGUCUUCCACUGCUUUGCCUUUCUGGUGGAUGCGCAGCUCGCCUUUUCCCAGGAUUCCGAGGUCUGGGAGCCCGUGGCCGGUCUGCUGGCAGGCGGUCGGCGCCUGAGCAGCGGCCUGCGCCAGGCGCUCGCCUUGCGCUGCUGCACGCUGCUGCUCUUCAAAGGCGCCGAAGCGAGUGAGUCGAGCGCGGCACGCUGGGCCUGCGCCUGGCUGCUGCUACAGGCCUUCGCGCAGGUGGAGAGCCCGGAGGGGUCCCAGGCUGUGGAGGCGGCGGUUUUUAGCAGCCGACUCCUGCGCUUCUUUGCGUCUCUUCGCAGCGUGUCUUCGCAUCAUCUGCAGGUGCUUGCGGCCGCCUCGGAGGGUUUCUUCUCCUGCGGCCUGUGGCGACUGGGCCAGCUGUGCCCGUUGGCGGGGGAGCCGAGCUGA